CAAAAAUCGAGAUGAGCUCCGAGCAGCACUCCAUCCAAUUCCGCUCGGGACUGUUGCAGCUAAUCGAUCCCCGGGUUGGCUAACUUUUGCAAUCCUUUAAAGCCCCUCUUUCAACCGUUGCUCUAAAGUUACUGCGCGUUGCGCCUUCCCCGUCAUCAUGGUGAACGUCUUCAAGCGGAUGCGGAAGCUGAAAACCAUCCUCAACGUCCGCGUGGGACCCGGUGCCGCCAUUCUUCCUUCUGCUACCUCUGCGACCCAAGAAUUCCCAGCCAUCACCCGUCUACACCUCACAUACGCCCAAAAGAUCUAUGGCGGUCACCAAGGCGCACGGCAUUUCUGGCGCAACUGUCUUCCCCGGCUCAAGUACCACAACCCAGGUCUUCAGAUGACCGUGAAGCAGACACAAGAACAGGAGGGACCGGCAGCCUUGACGAUAUACUUCGCAGAGCGCGCGAGCAAUGCCGCUUCGUUGACCGCGGCAAAGGUUGAGGAUAAACACGCCCCAGCGCCGGAGUCAACAGAAAAGACAGCCAUUCUGGAUUUGAAGAAUCUCGAUUACAAGGAGAUCUGGAACAAGGUUAAGAUGGUGACCGGGGCCCAGGAAGUGCCUGCUACUCCCGAGGAGGAGGCGGAGCUGCAGAAGCUGGAGCAAAUGCGUCAGCAGUCGGACAAGGACCGGGUACGGCUAGCCGCUAUCCGCCAGGCCAAGAAGGACCAAGAGCGGAUGUUACAAGAGGCUCGGGGAGAAAUUGAGAAGCUGAAGCAACUGUAAGUCUGGUAAAAAACUGUUUGGGGUUGCGGGAAGACGCCGGGCAUGAUCAACUGUAGCAUAGCCUUUUUUUCCUUUUUUCUAUUUUCUUUUGAAAUAUGUAGUUCUAGGUGUC